AUAGAUCAGUCGGGAGUGAGUUGCGCGCGCGCUUAGCCGUCCGCUGAUAUGAAACUGUUGAUGUGUGCGUCACAAAAAUAAGUGCUUGUUUAUGUGAGUGAAGUGAAGUGGGAUUGAAACGCAAAUCAAACGUUGAGUGUGGAAAUCAUAUGGUUAUUUGGUUGGUUAUUGCGUGCAAAAGAGUACUAAAGUAGUACUAAAUCUUAGUGAUAAGACAAGCACUGUUGCUACCAAACAUAAAUAAAACGACAAACAAAAUAAUGCAGUGUUAAAAAUAUCACUAAAAUUAAGUGCAAACAAUACACAACUGUUUAAAUGUAAUCCGAUCCAGUGAACGCCCCUAACAGUCUGUCAACAUAUCUACGAUCAUUUAAAACUAUAGUGAACUAAUCUAAAAAAUGGAGUGCGGUCGCCUCGACAGCGGGCUACGGUGGUCCGCCCGUACUUACAGCGACAAUUAUUUGAUAACUUAUCCAAGUGACGAAGAAACAAGUAAAGUAGACGAAGUUCCGAGCAGUUGUUACGAGAACCCCAUCUUUGUACCGAAAGUUCUGGAAUCUGAUCUAAUGAAGAGUGAGACGGCAAACUUUGAAGAUGAAACGGUGGUUUACCUGUCCACUAGCAAAGCGGCCAAAUUGGAAAGAGCUUUGAGGAAUGCCGGCUAUAAAAAG